UGCGCCUUGCGCAAAUCUAUCAUCGUCGGUUUUGUUUACACGUCGUUGCAUAGCCGAUCUUAUCGAGGAGAAAAAAACUAACUCGUCAAUUAUUGAGAUUGAAAAUUGCAUAAAAACCAGAAAUGACAUCAGCAACAGUUCCGCUUCUAGAAGAUACGGUACCCUUUGGUGAUGAGGAAGAACUUAACUCGGGCUCAGCAGCCAAAAAAUUAUCCCACCCGUAUGUUACAUUUUUUCACGUAUUUUUCCGUGGAGCCGCCAUAGGAACCUAUCUCUUUUGGGGUCUGUUCAACGAUUCCUUCAUCAAAUGCUUCUUGCUGGUGAUUUUCUGGCUCUCUGCUGAUUUCUAUCUCGUUAAAAACCUGAGCGGGCGAUUGCUGGUUGGGAUGCGCUGGUGGAAUUACGUGGAUGAUGAGGGCCGAUCCCACUGGGUAUUCGAAUCGAAGAAAGGCGAAAACUAUGACACCCGCAUCAAUCCCUACGAAGUGAAGAUUUUCUGGGUCGCGUUGGUUGUGUUUCCGCUGCUGUGGGCUCUCUUCUUCGUGGUGGCCCUGUUCGGAUUCAAAUUCAAGUGGAUGCUUCUGGUCAUGAUUGCUCUUUCGUUGAAUGGCGCAAAUUUGUAUGGUUACAUCAAGUGUAACUUUGGAGCAAACGCAAAUUUAAGCACCACAACGACGGAUUUUGUCAAAAGUCAGGUGUUGAAAAAUGCGGUUAGUCUAAUGGCACAGCCAGCCAGCGGCUCCACUCCCAAGCCGGUAACCGUAGCUUAAAGAUAAUUCUAUUGACUAAUAAACUAUUCAUUCCAACUUAAA